AUGUCAGAAGACCAAAAAAAAGUUAGAUUUAACGAAGAAAUAGAAACCAAAAUAAUAGAAGAAAACAACAAUAAUAAUAAUAAUAAUAAUAAUAAUAAUAAUAAUAAUAAUAAUAAUAAUAAUAAUAAUGAAGAGGAUUUCGAAGAACAAAUUUUAAAACAAAUUAAAAUUGGUAAUGAAAAACAAAAUCAAAGAGAAAAAGAAAUAAAAGAAAGAAGCAAAAUUAUAGAUUUAAAAAGAGAAAGAAAAUACAAAGAGGAAAUAUUAAAUGACAAAAUUGAGAGCAUUGAAGGUGAAGAAAAUUAUGAUAGCGAUGAUGAAGAGAGAAGAAAAAGGGAUGAGAAUAAGAAAUUCAAAGCAACUAUUAGAACGAAAAGAGCAUUUAGGAACGAUGACGAAUAUAGUGAUGAAGAAAUUGACAAUGACGACGAAAGCGAAGAUAGAUUCAGAAAAAAUAAAAAUGAUGAUGGGGAAAUUGAAAUCGACUCAUUUAAUUUAGAAGGUGAAAAUGAAAGAGGUUAUUUUGAUCAGAGUGGUAAUUUUAUAUUCAAAGAAGAAACAAAAGAAGAUGAUGCAUGGUUACAAGAAUACGAUCAAGUAUGGUCAUCUAAAAUGCCUAAAAUAUCAAAAAGAGAACUCGAGAAACAAAAUGCACAACAAACUGCAGAAGAAGAAGAUCUUUGGGAAAAAGAGCACCACGAAGAACUCAAAAAAAGAAGACUGGGCCUAUCUGAUAAUGAAAAAUCAUUCCGUUUAGAAACAUUGAACAAAGUUUAUAAUAUUUUACAAAAUGAAAAGGAAACUGUUUUAUCAGCAUUAAAAAGACUAGGUGGCAACAAUAAUAGUGUAUCGAAAAGACCAGAAAUCAAAAGAAAGAACCCACCAAAAAACAAAAGAACCACCACUACUACUACUACAUCCACCACCGCCACCCCAACCGACACUAAACAAUCUGAAGAAGAUAAAAAACAAUUUAACAAAUUAACAGAACUUGCAGACUCAUUACUAUCAAGUGGUUUUAUGAAUAUUUAUUCAGAAACUAAAUUAUCGAUUAAUGAAAUAUUUAAAAAAGACUCUUAUACACCAUUAUAA